AGAAGAGAUGGACUUUGGAGAAGCGAAGCGCGAGCUCAAAAAGCUCCUGAAGCUCACGCGCCCCGAGCACGUGGGAAGGCUGCUGCAGUGGGUGACAAGCUCAGAGGAGGUGGAAUCACUCCUGAGGGAUAACAGGAGUGUGAUCCUGGAGAACAUCUCAGAGGAGCUCAGGUCCUCACUACCUCUAGACGCCAUGAUGCCCUCAGAGACCUACACCCAAAACAAGAUUCAGGAGUGUGCACGGAGGACUGUGCAUGUGGACAGCUUCCUUUUUGAUGAGAACCUUCUGGACUCAAUGUGUGAGGCGGGGACCUUCAGCCGAACCUACUGUGUCCAGUGUGGAUCUACCAAGACCAGAGACCUGGAGUUUCUGUCCCACUCGUUCUCGGUGCCGGAGCUCAGGUUCUUGUUCCUGAAUGUUCUUCCGGACUUGACCGGGCGAGUUCUGGUCGACGUCGGGUCCAGACUUGGAGCAGUUCUUUAUGGGGGUCACGUGUUCAGCUCAGCUGCGCGUCUCAUCGGACUGGAACUAAAUGAAGACUUUGUGAGACUCCAGAACCAAGUGAUUCACAAGUAUGGCUUUGGAGACCGAAUCCAGGUCCUGCAUGCAGACUUCUGUUCCCAGGAGACUCUGAUACAAAACACUGAUGUUCUCAUCAUGAACAACGUCUUUGAGUUUUUCCUGGAGCCUCAUGAACAGAUCAGAUGCUGGAGGUUCCUGGUCCAGAACUUCCAUAGAAAAGGUUCCUUGUUGGUGACAGUUCCUAGUUUAGACCAGUGCUUCAGACAGAUUCAGGAGACGCUGCCCUGUGAUUGGUUGGAGGAGCUUCCUGUGAACUAUGACCUUUUCCUGUCAAGUGAUGCGGAUCAGAAUGAAGCAUUUCGACAGAUUCACCUGUACAGGGUCAUGUGACAAGGCCUGGGCCAAUCAGAGCUCCCCAUCAGUCAUGUGACCACAGGGCAGCGGGGACUACAUUUCCCAUGAGGCUCAGCUGCUCAUUUAACUACAGAAUCUCAAACUGAACCAGGCUCCACCUCCACGUUUUUUAUGGAAAUAAAAACUUUUGUGUCAAAUCUGACAAAAUUUUGUCCAACAGCUUUCCUGCGGACUGAACCAGGACUAAACAAGUACUAAACCACUGAACCAAGUCUAAACCAGGUCUGAACCAGGACUGAAGCAGGACAAAACAGUAACCCAUUCUAGACCAGGACUCGACCGAGUCUAGAGGAUCAGGACUCUUCAAAGUUUAUUUUCUGAACAUGGCUUUAUUUAUUUACACAAGUGACAUAAAAAACGACAGUUGAUUUGAUAAAACGAGUACAAACUUUUUAAAAAAUAUUAUAAAUCAUUCUUUACAGAGUCCAAAUGGUUCCAUAGCUCUGUACAAACUGCAGGGGGGCACCGUUCGCCUCAAAAAAGCCUCACUCCAAAAGGGGCAGAGGUCACAGGGGUCAUGGGGUCAGAGUCACUUCACAACCAACAGAAAGAUUUAAACUUUUUCCAUUUUUCAAUAUUUGCAUUUUUUUCUAUUUAAUGUUUUAAUGAGACAAAACUAAAACAAUACUGGAGUGUUUUAAGUCUAAAAACCAGGAUUACACCAGGAUCAAGCCCGGGCCAGUCUACAUUGACUGUUCAAUCUUUGUUUGUUGUGAAGACCUAUUUCCAUCUUUCCUCAAACACAAACAUGGGAGCCGUUUCUGAAACAAUUUAAAACUUCAAAAUGAACUUUUAAAACAUUCUAAAUAAAUAAAUCACUUUUAUAAAACAAAUGAAAAUCUAAAAAACUUGUAUAAAAAAACAAAACAGAAAGCAACACAUUCUUCAUUUCACAUUUGGGCCUUUUUACAUUCACUUCUACAAACAUCUGACUGAUCACAUUUCAAAAUAAAACCUGUAAUAUUCCCCCCACAUUGUUUCUGGUUGAGGAAAGAGACUUUUACUUUGAUAGUGUGUGUGCUUCCUGCUGCCGUGUCGCACUUUUUUAAGUUUUGUGAUUUUUU